GUCGGAUCGAACCAAUCAGCGCCACCCGGAUAUAAAGUGGGCGUGGAAGUUCCCGGAAAAGUCUCUUUAGUUCUCCAUGAUGGGGUCCACCUUGCCCCGAACCCUCCUGCUGCUCGCGGUGGGCCUGUCCCUGACAGAGACCCUGGAGCGCUCCCACUCACUGAUGUAUUUCAUCACCGGAGUGUCCCGGCCCGGCCUCGGGGAGCCCCAUUUCAUGGCUGUGGGCUACGUGGACGACACGCAGCUCGUGCGCUUCGACAGCGACGCCAAGAACCCGAGGGCAGAACCACGGGCGCCGUGGAUGCAGCAGGUGGAGCAGGUGUACUUGCACAGGCACACACAGCGGGGUAAACAGCAGACACAGAUUAAUCGCGUGGACCUGAACAACCUGCGCAGCUACUACAACCAAAGUGAGGACGGUUCUCACACACUCCAGAAAGUGUAUGGCUGCGAAGUCGGGGCAGAUGGACGCCUCCUCCGCGGGUACUGGCAGUGGGCCUACGACAACAAGGACUACAUUGUCCUGAAUGAGGACUUGCAAACCUGGACUGCAGCCGACAUGGCGGCUCAGAUCAGCAAGCACAAGUGGGAGGCUGAUGGUGAUGCUGAAGACUUCAGGGCCUACUUGGAGGGGGAGUGCUUAGAGUUGCUAACCAGAUUCCUGGAGUUGGGGCAGGAGACACUACAGCGUUCAGACCCACCCACAGCACAUGUGACCCACCACCCAGUCUCUGACCAGAAGGCCACCCUGAGGUGCUGGGCCCUGGGCUUCUACCCCAAGGACAUCACACUCACCUGGCAGCGAGAUGGGGAGGACCUGACCCAGGACAUGGAGUUGGUGGAGACCAGACCUGCAGGAGAUGGAACCUUCCAGAAGUGGGCAGCUGUGCUGGUGCCUUCUGGAGAGGAGCAGAGAUACACAUGCCACGUGGAGCAUGAGGGGCUGCCUGAGCCCCUCAGCCUGAGAUGGGAGCCUCCUCAGCCCACUGUGCCCAUGUGGGGAGUCAUCGCUGGCCUGGUCCUCGUGGCAGCUGUGCUCAUUGGAGCUGUGGUCACUGCUGUGAUGAUUAGGAGGAAGCUCUCAGGUGGGAAAGCAGGGAGCUACACUAGGACUAUAGGUGGGGACAGUGUCCAUGGCUCUGACUGCUCUCUCACAGCUUGAAAGGUGCACAUGCUGCAGCUUUUCCCUUCCCUGUGCAAAUCUGAACAACAUAUCAUUUUUCUCAUUCUUGUCAGAGGUGUUAGUGAGAAAAUUUAAAGAAAAUUCCAAAA